GAUAUUGUCAUGCAUGCUCAUCAUUAGUAAACUUGUCCAAAACUUGAAACUUUAAUUUUCUGAUUUAAUUUCUGUCCAAAACAAUGGCUUUUGGUGUUGUUGCUGCCUCAUUUUCAAGGGCUCCCUCCAUUCUCACCACCAGAGGUUGUUAUGUAACAAGAGCUUCAUUGCCUAGUAAGAGUCUCAAAUUCUCAAAAGAAUAUAAUUGGAAGCACAAUUCCAGAAGCAUAUUUGAAAGAGGAUCUACAAUUACAACAUGUGAAAAACAUGAUGAAAAGAAGUACCUCAUGAAUGUGACACAAUCACAUGAAGCUGAACCACAUUCACAAACCAUCUUCAACUCCAUCAUUCAUGCUUUAGAUGCUUUCCGCAAGUUUAGCAGAUUUUACGCAUUCAUUGCCAUGGUAGUGGGUUCACUUUCCACAUCGCUUCUUGCAGUGGACAAUUUAACAGAAUUAUAUCCAGCAUUUUUUAAUGGCUUUUUGCAAUGUAUGGCAGCUUACUUCUUCAUGCAUUUGUACAUUGUUGGAAUAAAUCAAUUAGCGGAUCUUGAAAUAGACAAGAUUAACAAGCCAUAUCUUCCUUUGGCAUCAGGAAACUAUUCCUUCAGAACUGCAGUUAUAACUGUGACGUCAUUUUUAUUUACGGGCUUUGGAAUUGCAUGGAUGAUAGGAUCAAAGCCGUUGCUUUGGACUAUUUUUGCCAGUUUUGUUCUAAUGAGUGCUUAUUCAGUUAAUUUGCCCUUAUUGAGAUGGAAGAAAUCUACAAUACUUACAGUGAUGGGUAACACACUUUCUAUGGUGAUAUCAUUUAAUCUUGGUCCCUUUUAUCACAUGAAGACUCAUGUGCUUAAGAAGGCAGCUACCUUUCCAAGAUCUCUACUUUUUGCUGUUGUGGUCAUGAGCAUGUACUAUAUCGUUAUAGCUUUGACAAAGGAUAUACCUGAUAUUGAAGGAGAUAAAGAAGCAGGCCUUCAAACUCUAGCCGUACGUUUGGGUCCUAAAACGGUAUUUUGGUCUAGUGUUUUACUUCUUGAAAUGGCUUAUGGAGCUGCUAUUAUAAUUGGAGCAUCCUCUCCUUUUCUUUGGAGCAAAAUCUUUGUGGUUCUUUCCCAUGCUAUCAUGGCUUUGUUCGUAUGGUAUCGCUCCACUCUUGUAGAUUUAUCCAACAAAGAUUCAUUGCAAGCUUUUUAUAUGCUUAUCUUUAAGCUUUUUUCUGUGGAAAAUAUUCUCAUGCUUUUUGUAAGAUGAAGAUGUCAUCGGGAAUUGUUGAAUAGUUCGAUGUUGCAACAUUUGUCUUAAGAUAUCUUCAAACUCUACUAAUACGUUCAAGUAGAUGUAUAUCUAUUCAAAUUGAUGUAUAUCUACGAAUAAAUUGUGAUAUUUUCACACUGAUUAUAAAUUUAGUUUCCAUAAUUGUUGUAAGUUGUAACUAUAAUGCUUCAUGGUAUGAAUUUAAUAAUGAUGCAACAAACCGUAAUAUAGAUUA